AUGAAGCAGUAUGCGUCAGAACCUACAAUUGUUCGCUAUGCCAAGAUUGCGAUGAAAAUGAAGGAUAAAACUGUCAGAGAUGUUGCGCUGCGUUGUAGAUGGAUGACUGUAAAGUACACCGACGGUUUUUUUAACCUCCAUGUCAUUGCUGGUGGGUUACAGAAAAAGGAAAACGGAAAGCGUAGGAAAGAAGACCAUUCGUCAAGGAAAAGCAAAGAUAAGAAAGAAAAAACUACGGAUUCUUCAGCCAAGUCCUCAUCUCAUUUGAAUGUGCAUCCGAAUGGUCCUUCAUAUGCUCCUCCUAUGAUGCCUAUAGAUACGGAUGAUGGCAUUUCAUAUAAAGCUAUUGGUGGUGUGAGUGGAGAUCUUCUCGAACAAAAUGCGCAGAUGUUCAAUCAAGUUUCAACAAAUUUCUCAGCUUUCCAGAUACAUGAGAACGUCAAUAUCUUGUGCAAAGCUCGGGACAAUAUCCUCGCAAUCUUGAACGACUUGAAUGACAUGCCAGAGGUGAUGAAGCAGAUGCCACCACUUCCGGUGAAGGUGAACGAAGAGCUGGCGAAUUCGAUCCUCCCUCGCCCGCCCCAUCAAAUGAAGUCGUGA